CAGCAGCAGAAUGAAGCAUCUUGAAGGCACUUUCUCCCAUUUCAGUUCAAUGGCAACGCUUUAAGAACUGAAAAGGGGACGCAGCGAUGGGCAAGUAGGUGGGCAAGCAGCAUAUGCACUCUAGUCUUACAAGCUGGAACAUUCUCAUCCUGGCAGCUCAAAGCGAGCGUUUGCAUACUAACAUAGGACAUUUUCCUUUGGAGGCAUCGGAGUAGUGGGUGGGUUGUUUAUGUUUUUGGAAAGCUUAGAGUGCUACCUUCACAACAGACCAUUUUAAAUAGAUCAGAAAAAUCAAUAUUCAUGUACAUGCAUGCAGACGCUAAGAAACUUAUUUCCGUAUUAAGAAAAGCCCUUAAAAUUUUUCUACAAAACAGCACAAGUUCAAAAUGAGAAGGCUUCCCACUGAUAUCUAUCUUGCCACUGAGAGAACAGGAUUGUGGCCUAGAUGGGACACUGCUCUUAUGUUCUUAGAAUUUUAGCAAAUAUACCUACAGCAGAUCUGUUCUCUUUACACCACCUGCUUUGGCGGUUGAGAAGUGUGGUUCUUAUUCUACCUGCAUAUCCGCAGUUAGCCUUAGCACAAAACAGUUGACAGUUAAAGAACUACUAAGAAAGUGCAACAUUCUUUAACUGACAUUUACGGCACUGGCCUUGGACUUCUAAUCUUUAGCAGACAGGCACACAAAUCAAUCCAUCAGCUCAUAAAGGUGUGCUUUCUUAACCUCUAAAACAGAUGGGAUUGGCUAGAAAUGUCUAGCAUGUCAAACUGUUAAUCACUGUUGCCCUUUCCACAAAAUAACUCACUUAAGUUGAGGCAUGGUUGCACUGUAACCGACAUUAGUCUGUGGGAAACCCAUUUAACUGUCACAUACUCCUGCCACUCCUGCUCUCCCUUAAUUAAGCCUAAUGCCUUAUAAUUUGACCUUUUGUGCCAACCUAUUAACCCUAUCUAGUACAAGUUCAGAUAUGUUAAACUAAAAAUUUGCUGCAAAAUAUUAAAUGCCAACCAAGCUGCAGAAAACAGAAGUGUUAUGUUUGUCUACCCAAGUAUGAUAGGUCUCCUCCAUACACAACCCCCCCCCAAUAAAAAAUGUAGAAGAGUGGGAAAUGACACUGAUGCAAGAGUUGCAUUCUUAAAUUAAGACACAACACAACUUAAUAGAAUGUACUGUUGUUAAAACUAUUUCAAUAUGCUUCUUUCAACACUAUCCCUGCCCUGUGGAACUUGGCUGGCAAGUUGCCAAUCAAUUUGGAAGUGAAAUGAGGCCAUUCAAAAACAAGUUAGUGGUUUCUCCAUACUUGUGGGACUUCCUGGGUUCACAGAAGCAGAUAAAUUUGUAAAUUAAAAGAAAAAGGCAUUUUAAUACACACACACACACACACACACACAAUGGUCCUAUGAACUUUCAGAACCUACACAUGUUGAAGCCAUAGAAAUCCUGAGCUCUUUAGCGCUAUAUAGCACAGGGAGAUGAGGUUUCAAAAGAGUGGGAAAGAAAAAGAUUGUCCUCUGUGAAUUCCAACACACAGCUAGAAACCUGAAUUGGACUAUUCCAGUUAGAGGCAGUGAUACACUACAACAUUUUGUUGCAGACCCUCACUUACAAUUAAUAUACUUCUUCCACCAGUUAUCAAACCUUAUAAUAUCAGCAUAUGUUAAUGAAAAUGAAAAUGAUUACAGCAGCACUAUUGUGUUAUAAAAGUUUUAAUUUCCCUGUUAUGGUUCACCAAUACUAAUUACAUUGUUCCUUAACAGGACAAUAUAUUUUAUUCCAUAUCAGGGAGAUCAUUUGCAAAUUUAGGAGGUAGUAUAAUCGAGAGAGACUCUUGAGAGUCCCAAGGACUGCAAGAAGAUCAAACCUAUCCAUUCUUAAGGAAAUCAGCCCUGAGUGCUCACUGGAAGGACAGAUUGUGAAGCUGAGGCUCCAAUACCUUGGCCACCUCGUGAGAAGAGAAGACUCCCUGGAAAAGACCCUGAUGUUGGGAAAGAUUGAGGGCACAAGGAGAAGGGGACGACAGAGGAUGAGAUGGUUGGACAGUGUUCUCAAAGCUACCAACUUGAGUCUGACCAAACUACGGGAGGCAGUGGAAGAUAGGAGUGUCUGGUGUGCUCUGGUCCAUGGGGUCACAAAGUGUCGGACACGACUUAACAACAACAACAAAUGAGAGAGAGAGAGAGAGAGAGAGAGAGAGAUUGCUAUCGAGGCUUCAAAAUGCUUUCAAAUAGAAGACAAAUAGUCGUCCUGAGUCACUAUAGCUGACAACUGAAAAUUAUUAGUUUUAUCAAACUCUGACCAACUUCACAAGUUAAAAACGUAACAAUUUUUUUGCACUAACAUUUGAGUCAGAAAACUUCACAGUGCCAUAAAUCUACCAGGACCUGAUUCAGCCUGUUUAUUUGGUUUAUAUUUAGAAAAAGUAUGCAAUGUUAAUUUUACUUGAUGUAUAAAUAACUCAAAAGUUUAUUUUAGAUGUCUGAACCACAUGACAAUAUGAAAGCGUUUAUUGGAGUUUUAAAAGAAAAAAAAUUAUUUUCCAAUAGCUAAAAGUGAACUAAUUAUUUGACUAGGAUUGAAUAUUCAACAAAGAACACUUCAGUGUCGAUUAAUACACUUAUCAGCCUGGUUUUGUUUUUUCUUUCCCUUGCAGUAUAUUAAAUGAAAGAGUAUUACUUUUGGCUUUGAUUUUAUUUACGACUGCUCGGAUGAAUUCAUGACUUGAUUUUUGCUUGUUUUACUUAUUUUUGGUUUUAAUUUAAACCUUCCUUUUGUUUACAAAUAACUAUACUGUCUGUGUGUCUGUGAUAUUGAAACCAGAUAGAUACACAGUAGUUUAUAAUUUUGAAAAUGUAUCAUUUGGCUGUUAUUGGACCUAUUCAUUAUGUUACUAAUUUUAUGUAUUUUUAGAAUGUUUUUUAUGGGAAAUGUUCUGUCCCACAUGGUACCAACAUAAAGUAAUUUAAACACUAAACAAUAAAUGGUACUAAAUACAAUCUUAUGCAAUGCAUAUUAACCAUUCCAGUUAUUGCUAUGCAGACUUCACACAAAACAAGAGUGUUGAGUAGUCAUUUGACUAAAAUAUUUUUCUUGGAACUACUUUAAGUAUGAAGGCCUUCUUUUUAGUCUUCCUUUCAUGCCAUCCUAAAUGCAAUCUAUAUAUUCCUCAAGGAUUCCGAACUUAUUAUAUAUAAGAGUCAGACUACAAAAGUAUGCAUAUAUGUUCCCCUUUUUUAAUGCAUGGCUUAAUCCAGGGAAAGCUAAGAAUUUUAAGUUCCAAUGGAAAAAGCUGAAGCAUGCACUUAAUUUUCCCACCAAAAUGAAUGGGACUUUAAACAGUGUUUUAUAUAAAAUGUAUAUAAACAUAGGUAAGAUUCACAUUCUUACUAGCCCAGAGCUUUCCAAACUUUUCAUGUUGGUGACACACUUUUUAGACAUGCAUCAUUUCGCGACACAGUAAUACAGUUUUACUAGCAAACCAGAGAUUAAACUACAUCCCUUUCCAGCAUUUGUGCAACACACCUACUGACUGCAGCCGAUACACUAACGUGUCAUGACACACAGUUUAGAAAGCUCUGUACUAGCCUAAUAAGAGACUACUAAAUGUGGUCAUGCUAUAGCUACAGCUAGGCACUUUGAUUUUAGUGGAAGAAUUGUGGGUGUUGAAAUCAUUUUCACUGCAAUGUGGUGCAGUGGUUAGAGUGUCAGACUAGGACCUGGAAGACCAGGGUUAAACACCCCCCCCACACACACACACACAGUCAUGAAGCUCAGUGGUGACCUUGGGCCAGACGCUGAAUUUUUCUCUCUAACCUACUUCACAGAGUUUUUGUGGGGAUUAAAUUAGGGAGGGAAGAACCAUGUAUGCCAUCUUGAUCUCCUUGGAUAAAAAGGUGGAAUAUAAAUGCACCAAAAAAGAAAAACUAAAUAUACUCAGGCAGUGUUUAAAACUCCCAUUGUUCUAGGCGCAUUUUGUGACAGGGAAUUUCAUUAAUGCAAGCAGUCUGAGCUCUGGGCACAGUACUGUGCCUAAGAUUUCAGAUUAAAAGUGCAGAGUAGAAGGAAAAUAGGACCUUUUUCUGCCUCCCCACUUCUAGCUACUCUCUGAAGACUGGAAAAGAGACCCUCUUAAGAAUAUCGGGGGGCGGGCAGAGGAAGGACUAGACCAUUUGAAAAAUGAACAUAAUAUUUUAGCAGCAGUUGAUUCAUUUUCACCUUUGUAUUCUCAUUAUAAAUGCAAGCCUAGAAAUUCUGUUGUUCUGCCCAUAACCUAGGUUUAAGGUGCCAUUUAGCUCCUAGCUUUCAUAUCCCAGUUUCUAACACUGCAUUUAGGUGCUUAACUUUAAAAGUGGCAGUACUCUGAUGGCAGGGCGUUUAAGUAAGGCCCCUUUCCCACACUGUUCUGAAGGGUUCCCUCUCCUCUCCCAGUGGCAAUAGAUGACCCCAUCAGUGUGAGCAAAGUCUGAAUCCAGCCUAAUAAUCACACACAGUUUUAUAAACUUUAUACACAUUAUUCAGUAUUCACAAACCAAUGCUCAAUUGGGAAGUCAUCAAGUUUUCAGAUCUAACUGAACUAUUCAAGGCACUAUACAAAAAUCUGUAUAAAUUUUCAAAUUACAAAAAGUUCAGAAAACAUCUGAAGAAAAGAAAACUUCCCCAACUGUUGGUAUAUUAAGUUAUUUUCAUCUAUUGUUUUAUUUGUCAUUUACCUAAAAUGUGAUAUGGAUUGGCUGAAUCUGUAUUUCUGUAAGUUCGGCCUAUGUAACAAAGUAAACAAAGAUGUAACACAGACAACCAUAAAAAAAAUUCAGAUUUGCACUCAUCACAAGCACACAACAGCACUUUGAACUGAUUAUUAUUGGCUGGGGGCACGUGGAAAAGAUGUGUGCAUGCAUUCAAAUAUGUACAUGUGGGGAGUACGACCCCAGUGCAGGGAUAAAAUGAACAGCUAUUUGUGCUUCCAUAUAUAGGUAGGAAGGGUAAGUGGGAGAAACAAAUGGUUCAUCCAUAUUCCUAAAGAUCCAAUUGCUCCUUUUGCCUGAAAAACGUGGGAUUAUGUUAGCUGCUGUAGAAUGCUGUCCUUCCCCAUAUCUCAAUAGUGCAAUGUACUUGAUCCCACCAACUCACCACAAAGCUUUCCUUGUGAGAGUCAGCACUGAAAUUUCUCCUCAAAGGUGAGUCCCACAUGUAGUUCCUAGCUACAGAAUUACAACCCCACAGAAGAACACCAGUGCCUGAUUAUGUUCAUGCUAGCCAGUGCCACAUGGCCAGAGCACACCGUCCAAAUAGAUGCUCCAAAAUUAUGAACUUAUUUCCAGUUUGAGAUUUCAUAUUCUGAACCAGACUAUCUUCCAGAUGAAGAAGAACAAUUUUGUUUCGAUUGCGAUGUUAGUACAGGUGGCUUUAAUCUAUAACACUGGGAAAUUUUUACAGUUCACACUUUAGUUCCGCUAUUAAAGGAUUUUUAUUCAAUACUUGCCCUCAGGAUAAUGAUCUGUAACUAACUUUCUUUUCUUUAUAAAUUCAUCUUGCUACUGGAAAAAAGAAUCCAGAUUUUUAAAAAAUGUUGGGCAAAUUUACUGCAGUUUUAAGAAAAGACGGACACGGACUUAAGUAGACUACAAUGCAACUACAGGAUCCGUCUUUCCACUUUUGAAAUUCUGACGUUGAAGGGGGGGAAAUAAGCACAUGCAUUUUGCAGAACUGAUUUAAGGAAGGCAUGUAUUUAAUCAAAAUAAAGAGGAAAUACACAGAUUUUUUUAAAUGCUAAAUGCAUAUUAGGUUGAUCUACCUCUUCCAAUUUGGGAAUGUCUUCUUUGGAGGAAAGUGUAGAGUAUAGCUCAAAUAAAAUAAAUAGGAAAAUAAAAUACAAUAUUGACAUGCCUUUUUAUACACACUGCUGCUGUUGUAAACAGCUUGCCUUAAAUUCUUCAAAAGAAAAAAAUCAUUUGCUUCUUGUAAUUUGCAACUGUUAGUUAAUAUUUUACAUAUUAACAUGUGACCAGGAAAGUUGUAUUUUGAGCAUGCAUGCAAUUAAGUGUGCACACGCGUUAAUUUUAUUAAAAACAUGAACAAAAGUGCAAAUUACAUACAUAUACUUUAAAAAUGACUAGGAGAAGAAACAAGUUGGAAGAAAGAACACAAGAAGAUUCUUGAUAAGACAAAGGGUCUAUCUAAUCUGUUACUAACAGACAGAUGCCUCAGGCAGGCACACAAAUUUGGCAUGAAAGCCUUCCUGGGUGAUAUUCAGAAAUAUAGUCUCAGAAUGUGGAUGUUCCAUUUAGAUAUCAUGACUAUCAGCCAUAGAUAAACGUAAUCUCUAUUAAUGAGCAUAAUCCUUUUUUGAAGCAUAAAAGCACAAAACUCCACCAGUCUCGGUCUCUAAAACAAAAAUUAUGUAACAAGUAAAUAGUGUGUAAAUAGUUUUAAAUGGUCCUUAAAAGAUGGUUUAUUGACUAGAUAUAUGUUGUACUAAAAGGACAUUCCUGUUUUCAUAGCUCAAUCUGCCUCCAUUUACUAUAUAAAAAUAGAAAAUAAUAAUAAUAAUAAUAAUAAUAAUAAUAAUAAUACCAAGCAUUCAUUUACAAAGUGCUUUACACAAGUUCUUUCAAUAAUCCUAAUAACAAUCCGUAAGAGCAGGAAAUGGGGAGAUGGUGGCUUGCCUAAAAGCUAACAGUACAAUCCUAUGCAUGUCUACUCAGAAAGAAGUCCCACUGAGUGUAUGUGAAGGCAGUAUUAAGAAGCCAAUUGUUUGCCCUAAAACAGGGGUCAGCAGGGGGCCGGUCCACUGUCCCUCAGACCUUGUGGAGGGCCAGACUAUAUUUUGGGGGGGAAAUAUGAAUUCCUAUGCCCAACAAAUAACCCAGAGAUGAAUUUUAAAUAAAAGGACACAUUCUACUCAUGUAAAACCAUGCUGAUUCCCGGACCAUCCGCGGGCCAGAUUUAGAAGGUGAUUGGGCCAGGCCUUAGUUUGCCUAUCCAUGCCCUAAAAGAAGCAAGACUGAGAAGUGUCUUCUUUUGCCUUCUACCAUUCUCUGUUCUCAUGACAGGAGACAUUGGAAAUGAUUUUCAAAUAGCACGGUUUAUAAACUUUCUUGGUUCUGGGAAUCCUUAUUGUAUACUGCAGAGGAAACCCUGAGCAUCUGCCACAGACCUUUUGCUUGUUGAAAAAGAUUCUGACAAAUGUCCCAGGAUAUUGGUUUUGCCUUUGGUGCCUCAUUAUUAUUCCACGCGAACUAAAAGCACCUUCUACAACACUGAAAAGUACCAUUGGCUGCAUGUCACAAGAAAACAAUAAUUGGCAUGUUUUAGGAAGAUCUGUCUGGUAUUAUACAGGUCUCACGAGCCUCAGCAAGGAAAGCCUAAUAAGCUUCCAAAGAAAUUCAUCAUUCAUCAAAACAAUUUAUAACUGCUGCUUUACAACUAAAAAGGUAUACAAAACCAAUGUCAUAGGAAACCUCUAUAAGGCCUUGACAUUUUCACUAGCAUACAGUAGUGGAAGCCUAAGGCAUGACCACCAGGCAGGAUACAAAAGGAGCUUAUGUAACAUCAAGUAGUCUUUCAUUUUUAUUUUCAUAACAAUCUGUAUUUGUUGAAAAAAGACAUAUUUUGUGCACAUUUUUUUUUUUACAAAACACAUCCUAGCACUUCCUUUAUCGCAGAUCUGAAUACCAUUUUCGGUGGCUAAGAAGUGGUAUAAAAAUCAGUAAAUAAGAUAACCAAUCAAAGAGCCAACACAGAAGUAAAAUGCAUAUUUGCAUUUAAGAUGCAUUAAAAAUAUGUACAUUACAUCAGAUGACGGGAGGGGAAGGAGCACAGUAGACAAGGAGGCAGAAUUUAACCCUUCCCUUCCCUGCUGUGCUCAUAAAGAAAAUUCCUUUUUUUAAAAGCUGGUAUUUGCUGGGGGGGGGGGGAAUCCCUCAUUGGGAGGAAAUCCUCCAUUAAUGCCAAUGUAAAUAGCUUCAGAGGAGAGAUUUUCCUUGGAAAUCCAGCAGGGGAAUAAAGAAUUAUAUUCCCCUUCCAUGCUUUUAUGAUCACCAUAAUGAUUAUCUUCUCCAGCUGAUGCAAUGUCUAACUGAAACAAACAAACAAACAAACAAACAAACAGCUCAAACAAAUGAAAAUAAAAUGCCACAUCUAGUUUAGACCAGUAACCUGUCACAGUUCUCAUACUUCACCUUAAAACUGAGUUUGAAAAACAAGAUACAAGAAAGGAGUUAGAAUUUUUCUCCAGGAUUUUUCCCCCCAGAAUAAAUGCAAUACAUACAAAAUACCAGGUUCAAAACACAUGUAGUAUUUCCAGACCCAGGACUAAUCAUCACACUAAAGUGCGAAUGUUUUCUAACCUCUAUGUAACAGGCACCAUAGAUUAAUAAACUUUUGCAUCUUUUAAUUUAUAACUUUCUCAAAGAUCCCAUGGGCCUUCAAAGGGAUUUUCAGAGCUCAAAACACAAAGAAGACCUCAGAACACAGAAAACUUGCACAUGCCCAGUAAAAAUUAAUACAUGAAUUAAACUGUAGUAUCCUAAUGGAUAAAUUAUGGAUAUGCCAAGUGCUCUUGCUGCAUUUUUUUAAAGUUUAGUCUAUAAGACUUUGCACUUUCUGCAUCAUGCUUCAUUCUCCUGAAAAUUAUAGCCUCUUGAGAUUUUAUAUUAUUUAAUGAGAUUUAUUCACUUUAUCAAUAAUAAUCAUAGUGUGCACAACAGCAUUCAUUCGAAUUUCAACAACUUGGAUAUGGUUUGUGAAGGAGGGACCUUGUAGUCAAAUUUAACUUCUGGUUAAGUAAAUUAGCAGAUGAAAUUUAACAAGCUGAAUGGGUGAAUGUGUAAAAUGCUACCAUUUCACUGUUUAAUGUUUUGCUGAUGUUUUCUUUAAAUUGUCUUCCGGUGAAUAAGGAGGAACAGAAUAAUGACCAAGAUAAUGGAGGACACAAGACUUCUGUCCAAAACAAUUGUGAGAAAUCUUGAACCUCUUUAGUGGUCAGAAGUGGAGAUCAAAUGCAACCAGAGAAGACAGAUUACAGGAUACAGUGCAGACUGCAACUUAUCUCCAUGCAACAGUAGCAUAUCACGCAACCAUCACACCUUCCAUUUCAAUCUAUUAUCAAUUUGCAAUGAGGAAUUUACUCAAACAACAACAAACUAUGAUCUUUCUUUCACUGAAGAAAGGGGGGAGCCAAGCAAACUUAUUAAACUUAUACUUUACAUUUGAAUUUAGCUGUUUGUACCACGUGAGCAGUCAACCACCUACAAGCAUUUGCAGACAUUAAAAAUAGUCAUCAGCAUUAUCCCUUCAAACAUCUUUCUAUUCAGUGCUCUAACACUUACAUCAGAAACUUUUAGUGAUGUGUCACACAUAAGUUUAAAUAAAGAUCCACUCAGAUCGGCCACUAGAAGAGUCUUUAUUUUACAGGCUAAAGAAGAAGACCUCCAGAAAGUAACCUUUUAUUUCUGAAAUUCAGCAUGUUGAAUAGGUACUCUUUUCCUAAUGAAUUAUAUGAUUUAUAUAUCCGUACAAUUCUGCAUGCAGCCAUGACUUACUAAUCUGUUUCAAUGCCAAUUGAAUAAAGCAUCUCAGCAAUUAGUUAUCACGGAACCAGUUAGUUAUGACUUAAGACACACAAAAUAGAUUUUCAGAAACUUCAUCUUGCCAAAUAGAACAUACACUAGAGUACACCUGAAAAUAUGACGGCGUUUUAAAAGAAGAAGCCCAUGUAUCAAGGAUUCACAAUCAUGUCAAACAGGGAUACAUUUAAUUUUUUAAAAAUUAAAGUCUCUUAAUACCACUUCUAGAGACCUUACCGUCACAGAACAAAAUUUCUGCUCAAAUACGCAAACUAUUUGCAAUGACAGCCCAACUUGUUUCCAAGUCCAUUUUCCAAUUUCUCAAAUCACAACGAAGAAGAAAACACUUUAAAAUAUUUAUACUUCCUAGGGUGAGAAAAGUAAUCAGAAGGAUAUAGAGUGCGACCGAAUGUGGUGGUGCUUUGCCAUACAGACGAAAAGGAAAGGACAAUAUGCGGGGGGAAAGGAAUGGAGGAGCGUAGCAUGAUGGAACUAAAUAAUGAGAAAGCACCUUUUCUGGAGGAUGGGGAUGGAGUGGGAGUUUGUAUGUGACACAGAAGAGGGGGUGGAGGGGGGAAUCUACCCAGCCGGUGUGCGUGUGCAUGUGUGCGUGCGUGCGUGGCGAUGGAGAGGAAGUGAAUAAAUAACCAAGUGAAUAAAUAACAGGAGGUGAGCGCAGACGGAAAGGAGGCAUGGCCUUGUCUAGUGCGGUUGUGCAGGCAAUUAAGAAGAGGUGGAAGCUCAGCAAGGGAUGGAAAGAGACUUUGGAGCGAGGGAGAGAGAGGGAAGGAAGGCGGACGCUCGAGCCACACGCCAGGUUUUCCUCUUCCCUUCCACAUCCCGCAGAGGAGCUGCUGCUGAUGGAACUGCAGCUCCUGCGCACAAGACUUCGUGGCUCCCUGAAUAAUUCAGGGAGGGAGGGGGGGGGGAGAGAAAGGUCCGUCUCUCAGAAAGAAUGCAAAGCAAGAAAAGGGGGUCAGCAGAAGGGAACUACCCACUCCGCUUGCCCUGCCUUCCCACCCACAUUUAAUUGCCGGUCAAACUUUAUUUGUCUAAAAUGCUUCGCGAGGAGGGAGACGGGCUGCCACCGGAAAUAAUCUCUCGCUCCUGGGAGACCCGAAGUCAAGCCCGGGUAUUGUUCCCUCGUCGCCGCCGGAGCCCCAUCCCUCUCUCUCUCUCUCGCUCCCUCCCUCUCCGGGCGCUCGCUGGUUCUGUCAGGUUGCCAACGCAGCGCCUCCGCUCCCCUCCGUCUCUCCAUCGAGCCCCCAGCCGCCGCCGCCACCACCGCGGCCAUUUCCCACUGCUCGCCUCCCCUCUCUCCAGCGGCAGAGGCGGAAAAAGCGCCGGCCUCCGUGGCCCUCGCCAACUCACCUCGCCGGCCCCUUGCGCGGCCACCGCCGCUCCCAGCCGCCUUUCUCCCGGGAAGCUGCUCCUGCCCUCCGUCUGCCUUGGCUCGCCUCUCGCCCUCCUGUCCGUCGGAGGCAGAGCUCCGAGCGCGCCGCUGCCGCCGCCUCCUCCUCCGCCUCCUCCUCCAAAUGCCACCCCUGACAAGCGGGCGCGAACUCCGGCGAUGAGUUCUAGCGCGGAGAGCUCCGGCCAGCGGCGCCUGAACGGGGAGGGCAAGAAGCAACUCGUGAAGGCGACGCCGCCGCAGACGCCCGCCCAGCACGCAGAUACACAAAGCUCCCCGGGGACGCCGUCCUCUCCGGAGCAAGAGCUCGGCGCCCGCGCUGGCAGCAGCGCCUCCGCUCUUUCUCGCUGGUUCGGGGCUCUGCUGCAAUGCCUGUGAGGCUGACUUUCAAAGCCUCACCCGCAGCCCGAGAUCCUCCCUCCCCUCCCCUCCCCUCCUCCCUUUCCACCCUGUCAGCCC